ACUUCCACCCAAACCUUUGGAGGCUCCACCGUCCGUCUGCCUACGAGGUCUACACAGAGGAAGCAGACCCGCCAUUUUCCUGCAAGCCUCCGGUCCUUUUAAACCCAGCAGGGGGAGGCGAACACGGAGAGGAGGACAUCGAAGGAGGGGGGACAGAGAAAGAGUGAGAGUGUAUGAGAGAGGGGAUCUAAGAGGACGAUUUCUACAGAAAGGAGUUCACUGGGUAGGACGGUUGUCAAGUGCUGGAACCGUGGAAGCCCAAGAGGACAAAAGCAGUUCCAUCGGAUUCACAUAACGUUUAGUUCGCCUUAGCAGCUUGUUUGGUUAAAACAGAAGAUGUCUGGACAAAGCAUAACGGACCGGAUAACUGCAGCCCAACACAGUGUCACCGGUUCUGCGGUGUCUAAAACGGUGUGCAAGGCAACCACGCACGAAAUUAUGGGGCCAAAAAAGAAACAUUUGGAUUACCUGAUUCAGUGCACCAAUGAGAUGAACGUGAACAUCCCACAGCUGGCCGACACGCUGUUUGAGAGGACCACCAACACCAGCUGGGUGGUCGUCUUCAAGUCUCUCAUCGCAACACACCACCUCAUGGUCUACGGCAACGAGAGGUUUAUUCAGUACUUGGCCUCAAGAAACACAUUAUUCAACCUCAGUAAUUUUUUGGACAAAAGUGGGUUACAAGGCUAUGACAUGUCAACCUUCAUCCGAAGGUAUAGCCGCUAUCUGAAUGAGAAGGCUGUGUCUUACCGCCAAGUCGCUUUUGACUUCACAAAAGUAAAAAGAGGGGCGGAUGGGGUCAUGAGGACGAUGAACACUGAGAAACUCUUGAAGACCAUCCCAAUCAUCCAGAAUCAGAUGGAUGCCCUUCUUGAUUUCAAUGUCAAUGCCAAUGAACUCACAAAUGGGGUCAUCAAUGCUGCCUUCAUGCUUCUGUUCAAAGAUGCCAUACGACUGUUUGCUGCCUAUAAUGAAGGGAUAAUCAACCUACUUGAGAAGUACUUUGAUAUGAAGAAAACCCAGUGUAAAGAGGGUCUUGACAUUUACAAGAAAUUCCUCACGCGAAUGACAAGAAUCUCAGAGUUUCUCAAAGUUGCUGAGCAAGUGGGAAUUGACCGAGGCGAUAUACCAGAUCUCUCCCAGUUUACAGUUUGUGCCCCAAGCAGCCUUCUGGACGCAUUAGAACAGCACUUGGCUUCCUUAGAAGGGAAAAAAGUGAAAGAUUCCACAGCAGCAAGCAGAGCCAGCACUCUGUCCAACGCCGUCUCCUCACUAGCCAACACGGGCAUAUCCUUCACCAAAGUGGAUGAAAGGGAAAAACAGGCCGCUCUAGAGGAGGAGCAGGCUCGCUUGAAAGCUCUUAAGGAACAGCGUCUCAAAGAACUCUCCAAGAAGCCCCCCUCCUCCGCCACCACGGCUGCAUCUCCCGUGUCAACAGGAGGGAGCAUCAACACCGCCCCUGCCAUCGACCUUUUCUCAACACCCAGCUCCACAAACAGCACUUCGAAGAUGCCGAGUGACCUCCUGGACCUGCAGCCAACAUUUCAGCCAACACUGCCUCUCUCAACAGGCUUGCCUGUGGCAAACACCUGGGGGGAUCCUUUCACUUCUUCUGACGCUGUCGAUGACUCCAUUCCAAACUUAAACCCUUUCCUUACAAACCCUGUUAUCGAUGCUCUUCAUCUACCUGUUGUGUCUUCAGAUGGUCUUAGUUUUUCUUCUAGGACACCCAGUCAUGAAAUGUUUGGUGAUUAUUACAAUCCCUUUAAUGAUUCGAGCUGUUCUGUUGCAUCCAAUCAUGAAAGCACAGCUUCCAUAGAGCCGUGCAUCACAGACUCCUUCUGUGGUCCAGCACCUUACCCUAACACUCCUCUCUUCCAAUCUGAGCCCUCUGCUGUAGCAGGCCUAUUUGGAGGGUUCUCAGCAUCUCCUGCCCCUCAACCACAGACCUCAAGAGGCCUUAACGUUGACUUUGACUCUGUGUUUGGCAAUCAGUCAACCUCUGCUAACAGCGCCGACGCUGCUGAGAUGCAGUCUCAAAACCCACUCACAGAUACGGCUGUGGUAGCUUCAUCAUAUGAUGUCUUAGGUGGAAUCCUGAAACCCACAGUAGCCCUCUCCAACCAGGGACUGACCCUCAGCGCUCAGCAGCCAGGCAAACUGGUGUCGGAUGACUUGGACUCUUCCUUGGCCAACCUCGUGGGCAAUCUUGGAAUUGGUAAUGGAACAACAAAAAAUGACCUUCACUGGAGUCAGCCUGGGGAGAAGAGACUAACAGGUGGAACAAACUGGCAACCAAAGACUGCCCCUUCAACCACAUGGAACCCUGCCACCAUGAACGGCAUGCAUUUCCCACAAUACGCACCAUCUGUCAUGGCCUUCCCUGCAACGACGCCCACAGGAAUGAUGGCAUAUGGAAUGCCUCCUCAGAUGGGCUCCGUGGCUAUGAUGACUCAGCCCACCAUGAUGUACACCCAGCCGGUCAUGAGGCCGGCCAACCCUUUUGGCCCAGUCUCAGGCGCACAGCACUCGGCCGCCUCUAGUCCCUCCAGUCAGAGUCCCCUCAGAGCUCCAGGACAGGACCCCUUUGCACAGCUCUCUCUCAAGGAUUUCUUGUAGAGGCAUCUUUAGAUGCAGUUCAUGUAAAACUUGGAGUCUGAAGAAUCUUGACAGCAGCAAAUCUUGAAAACCUUUAAAUCCAACUUAGUUUUAUGUUUGAUUCUCCCCUGAGAAUAUCAUUUUCAACAAAAAAAAAAAAGCUUUUGAAGGAAACAAAUAUGGGAAUGAUGGGGAGGGGGGGCGGGGUGGUGGUCAUUAUUAAGCGUCGUAAGAAAACGGCGCCCGUUUUGUAAUUUGUCUAACAAAGUAACAGUGUGCAAUGCAGUUGUUACCCACACAUAGGGAACCCUCAUCCUGUAUGUCACCUGUAAAGAUGCCCAUGCCCAUUGAGAGGUAAAGGGUUGUUUAGUAAUGCAUCAAAAAAAUAGUUGGUUGCCACACACGCAGCUUGAUGUUUUUUGGGGGAGGAGGGAUUAAAUGGGGUUUACUUGGGGUGAGUUAUGUGUUCAUUUGAUCAUCAAUCAUGCAUUACUUAAUUUAACCACCAUCAAUUAGACAAAGCUAACUUCCGUUUAUACUAUGAUUUCUAUUCUAUUUUUAUUUUUUUAUGUUUUAUGUUUGCAGUAGACAUUCCUUGUGUUUUGUUUAUUUAUUUAUGAUUACCCAUUGAGGACAUGAAAGGAAAAAAAAAAGACUUUAUUGAACUCUUCCUUGUGGGAGGUAUUAAGGAAUAUACGUACAUGGGUAUGAUUGAUUGUAUAAUUGGAUUUUAAGAGUGACUGAGUAAAACAAAAAAAAUAAUAUAAAAUGAAAACACCUGUAAAGACAAAUAGAGCACUAAAUAUUCUCAACCAUUCUCAUGUCUAGUGCAAUUCUUUGUAGCACAGAAACUCUCAGCCCUAUGUUUGUAAGGGAACUAGGGGGGAGUAUACAAUUAAUUAAUUCACAUAGUCAAUUCUGUGCCUAGGGUUUUUGCAAGGGAACAUUUAUCAGAAUAGCAAAGCACUACAUUUGUGAUUCAGCCGCGUUGCAUUGGAGAGGAUCUGUAUUGCUUUAUUGCUUGGCAUGUCAUUAUUUUACAUUUACAGUUAUAUGGCUGCCUUUCCAACCUGAAUGUGUGAGUCACCUUCAUGCUCUGUCCAUCUGUGUUACGGCAGCACUAAGGGAAUCCUUCACUGAGGGAGGCGAGUGUGUAGUUUUAAGAUGUUGAUAACACAAGGGUGUGGGGUCAGUAGUGUCUUUAUAAAAAAAAAUUAGUUGUAGGUUCAGGGUGAAGUGAAGCACUGUUGAUCGGUGCUUGAUGUACAUAAAAUCUACCCUGUCUUGUUUCAGGGGGGUGGGUGGGGGGGGAUAAUGUGAAGGAUGGUCAGAAUAUGGAGGUCAUUCUAUUCAUUGAUUAGCACAUUUGCUACAGUGUCCCUGCAGAUUCUAUUUUUGGUUAUAUAUUAAAAAUGUAUGUAAGCAAAAUUUGGUUGAUUUUCAAAUAAAGCGCAGCUUCCACAAUGA